GGGAGAGCUGCGCGGCGUGCGCGGGCACGAGCGUAGUGGCCUCCCCCCAGGCUGAGGCGGCGGCGGGCGCGCGCGGCGGCGGGUUCGAGGCGCGGGCUGUUGUGCUCUCCGCUCUCCUCUUUCCCCUCCUUGGCGGGUGGAGGAGGCCGAAGCGGUGCUGGGCGCGCUCCCCCUUGCUCUCCCUCCGGCCACCUCCCCCGGCCCUCUCGCGCUGCGCGGUCUCUCCGACACAAGACUGUCCCGGCCCGGAUAUGGCUCGUGGACAGCAGAAGAUUCAGUCGCAGCAGAAAAAUGCCAAAAAGCAAGCUGGACAAAAGAAGAAACAAGGACAUGACCAAAAGGCUGCUGCCAAAGCUGCCUUAAUAUAUACCUGCACUGUCUGUAGGACACAAAUGCCAGACCCUAAGACCUUCAAGCAGCACUUUGAAAGCAAGCAUCCUAAGACUCCACUUCCUCCAGAAUUGGCUGAUGUUCAGGCAUAAAGUUGUUUACAGGUGAAUUCACGACACCUUUGGCUCUUCUACUGUCUCAGACCUUAGGUAACAAACCUGCAGCUGCUUUUCUAACAAACUGUUGAUCAGCAAAAAUAAAGGGGCUACAGAAACACUCAUUUUUAUGCUGUUCCCUUUUGGGCUUCAUGCAAAGACAAUUCUGUGUAAAUGUACAGUUGACUCUGAUUUGGAAAUCUGAAAAUCAGUCCAUCCUUGUUAUAAAAAAUUUUUUUACAAUUGUAAUUAUAUUGAUGUUCAUAUUGUGUAAAAUAACUCAUUUAAUAAAGUAGUACUUUGAUUUUACAACAUC